CCAAUAUUUAAGACUCUUUGGAAAACAUCUGGGGCUCCUUCUUUCUUCUUUCUUUUGUAUGCUUCUUGUUUUUGUAUAUUAUAUCCAGUCUUGUACACCAUCACCUUCAUUACACACUCUCCACAGUUCCUACUGAAUUCUCUUGGCGCCACCUCAAUAUGACAUCCUCCUACAGAAUCAACUAUCAAUUGCGUGCUCAUAAACGCGAUCCUCUUAUCGAGUUUAUCAAAGGCUUGCUUCUCACGCCUUUCGUUUUACAUGCUAAACCUCGUAAGCCGGUCCUAACCCCAUCUGACGCUAGGGGUGGUAGCCAACAGGGACCAGAAGCCGGUAAUGGGGAUGAAGAUAAUAAUGAUUAUCAGGAGGAAGAAAAACCUAUGGUUGAUGCCAAUCUUCAGCGCUACCUUGAGAUAAUGAAGUCGGUCGAGGCCAUGAUCGAAGAACAUCGUCGGAAAGUCCGUAAAGGCGUGCCUGAGCACUCACGGUUGCACAGGAUAGUACCGUCAGUCGCGUCUUUUUUCACACCAUUGCCCCUGGAAGCCGCUUUUUUGAAUGCGAAUGCAAAACAUUCCAUUGCAGCUAGGCGGUUCGUUCCUCCAAGCUUUAACGAUAUCAGAAGGAUCUUGAACACAGCUCAAGUCAUGGCGAUCGCACCUACCCUUAAAUUGAUCACCUUUGAUGGUGAUAUGACUUUGUACGAUGAUGGUACCUGUUUCACCGAAACCUCGUCUUUGAUCCCACUUUUGAUUACAUUGAUACGUGCUGGCCUCAAUGUCGCUAUUGUCACCGCAGCCGGCUAUCCUGGUGAUGCCAGUAAGUAUGAAGAGCGUCUGGGAGGCCUUCUACGCAGUUUCCGCAACCAUAAGUUGUCAGAGAAGCAACUGGAGAGAUUCUACGUCCUUGGAGGCGAGUGUAACUACCUCUUCCGCUGUGGAUGGAAAAAGGGUGGGGCUACUGAGGAAGGCGUCGUAGGACUCACUUACAUCGUGCCAGAAAUGUAUCAGCCAGCUGAUAUGCUUGCCUGGAAGUCUGAAGAUAUUCAAGAAUUGUUGGAUGUGGCUGAAGAGAACUUGAGGCGUUGCGUCUCUAACAUGAACCUUAAGACUACCGUCCUACGUAAGCUGCGUGCUGUAGGUAUUGUCCCUCUCGAGGGCGCCAAGAUUGCGCGUGAACAACUGGAUGAAUGUGUGCUUUCGACCCAACAACGCCUAUUGGAGUACCAACAAAUGUCCGGCCCUUCCAAAGUCGCUAUCCCCUUCUGUGUCUUUAAUGGUGGAAGUGAUGUCUUUGUUGAUAUUGGUAAUAAGUUAAUUGGCGUUCAGGUACUCCAAAGUUAUCUUGGGACUGCACCCGAUGCCACUGUUCACGUUGGUGAUCAGUUCUUGUCAACUGGAAAUGAUUUUGCUACACGUUCCAGCUGCUGUACCCUCUGGAUUGUCAGUCCAGAGGAGACGGAAGGUGUCUUGAAGGAACUGACUCCUCUUUUGACCUUCCCUUCAGAGACCGAGUAAAAAAGCACUCUGGAUAAUUGUUCGCCUCUAUUGUCUAAUUAUUUUCUAAUUUGUUAAUGUUGCCAUCAGUCCUUGUCAAUAAAAAGUAAAGACAUAUUGAAAU